AACACACACUGGAGGGCUGAGAUGUGACUGUUUACCAGAGGAAUACUGCGAGUUUCUGUGGGCUUUUUCUUUUUUUGGAUAAUGGGAGAGGACAGGCGGGGAGUCAUUUUGGCCAUGCGGGCCACUUUGAUUGCGGUGAUUCUCUGUGUGAUUACUUCGGUGUGCGCAGUGGAAGAGACAGUGAUGGAUACAAGGACAGCGACAGCUGAGCUUGGCUGGAUAUCGUUCCCUGCCAAUGGAUGGGAGGAGGUGAGCGGCUAUGAUGAAAACCUCAACACCAUCAGGACGUACCAGGUGUGCAAUGUGUUUGAGCCCAGCCAGAAUAACUGGCUCCUCACGACUUAUAUCGACCGGCGGGCGGCACAGCGCAUCUACGUGGAGAUCCGAUUUACUGUACGAGACUGCGCCUCCAUCCCCAGUGUUCUGGGCUCCUGUAAAGAGACGUUCAACCUGUACUACCUGGAGACUGAAAGGGCCGUGUCGGAGGGCAUCAAGGGGGUGGAGUACUGGGCCAAUGCCCCUUUUCUUAAGGUGGACACUAUCGCAGCAGAUGAGAGCUUCUCCCAGGUUGAUUUUGGGGGAAGGCUAAUGAAGGUGAACACAGAAGUUCGGAGUUUCGGGCCAUUGUCCAAAGGCAAGGGCUUCCAUUUGGCCUUCCAGGAUCUGGGCGCUUGCAUGUCUCUUCUGGCUGUCAGAGUAUUUUAUAAGAAGUGCCCCAGCGUGGUGCAGAACUUUGCUUUUUUCCCAGAGACACUGACUGGGGCAGAGUCCACCUCAUUAGUCAUCGCUAGAGGAAGUUGUAUCCCCAACGCUGAGGAAGUAGACGUGCCCAUAAAGCUCUACUGUAACGGAGACGGGGAGUGGAUGGUACCCAUUGGCAGCUGCAGCUGCAAGGCGGGUUAUGAACCAGACAAUGGCAACGUGUGUCGAGCUUGCCCUCAGGGCACCUUUAAGUCUUUCCAGGGGGCAGGAUUAUGUCAGCAGUGUCCGCUCAACAGUCGCUCCACCAUCGAGGCUGCCACCCUCUGUGGUUGUCGUAACGGCUAUUACCGGGGAGACAUGGACAAACCGGAGGACUUGUGCACCAGUGUCCCUUCUGCUCCUCGUAACGUCGUCUCAGUCGUCAACCAGACAUCGGUGCAGCUGGAGUGGCACCCGCCACGUGACAUCGGGAACCGUGAAGACCUGUCCUACAACGUCCUGUGCCGCCGGUGCCACAGCAGCGAGCGCCGCGCGUGUCAGCCAUGUGACGACAGCGUGGUAUUCCUUUCAGGCAGGCAAGGGUUAAAGGACACAAGGGUGGAGAUCAGCAAGCUGCGGGCCCACACGUCGUACACCUUCGAAAUACAGGCGGUCAACGGAGUUUCCAACAAGAGCCCUUAUCCCGCCCAGCAACUGUCAAUCAACAUUACAACCAAUCAGGCUGCUCCCUCCGUAGUUCCUAUAAUGCACCAAGUGAGUUCAACGAGCCGCAGUUUCUCGUUGUCAUGGCCACCGCCCGAACAGCCCAACGGAAUUAUCCUCGACUACGAGAUACGAUACUAUGACAAGUCCCUGUGGUCUCUGCUGAACAGUUCAGUGGUGCAGAGCACAACACCCAACGUUGUUCUGGAGGGUCUAAGGCCAGGGACUGGCUACGUGGUCCAGGUGAGAGCCCGCACUGUGGCCGGCUACGGAGCCUACAGCAAAGAAAUGCUGUUCCAAACGCUCACUGACGAUGAAUAUAAGUCCGAGCUAGGACAGCAACUCUCCCUGAUCGCAGGCUCUUUAGUCGGUGGAGUGUGUAUCGUCUCUUUGGUAGCUAUUGCCAUCAUCUGCACCAGGAGAAGGCAGUUGAAGGAGAGUGUUUACGGUGACAAGCUGCAGCAGUACAACGCAGGAGGAGAGGUGACCCUGAGGCCAGACAUGUUCAGUGGUCCAACCCCCACUGUGACCUUUCCCACCCUGUCUGAAGGUCAUAGUUCACCAGGGGUCAAAAUCUACAUUGACCCUUUCACCUACGAGGACCCCAACGAGGCUGUUCGGGAAUUUGCCAAGGAAAUCGACCCGUCGUGUGUGAAAAUAGAGGAAGUCAUUGGAUCAGGUGAGUUCGGGGAAGUGUACAAAGGUCGCCUGAAGCCUGUCGGGAAAAAAGAAAUUCCUGUGGCCAUCAAGACCCUGAAGGUUGGCUACUCUGAGAGGCAGAGGAGGGACUUCCUGUCCGAGGCGUCAAUCAUGGGCCAGUUUGACCAACCGAACAUCAUCAGGCUGGAGGGCGUGGUCACAAAGAGCAGGCCUACGAUGAUCAUCACGGAGUUCAUGGAGAACGGAGCGCUUGACUCGUUUCUCAGGCAAAAUGAUGGGCAGUUCCCAGUGAUCCAGCUGGUUGGUAUGCUGAGGGGCAUCGCAUCUGGAAUGAGGUACCUGGCGGAGAUGAGUUAUGUUCACCGGGACCUCGCUGCUCGGAACAUCCUGGUUAACAGUAACUUGGUGUGUAAGGUGUCUGACUUUGGAUUAUCACGAUAUCUGGAGGAAGACACCUCCGACCCCACCUACACCAGCUCACUGGGUGGUAAAAUCCCGGUGCGGUGGACGGCCCCAGAGGCAAUCGCCUACAGGAAGUUUACGUCGGCUUCAGACGUCUGGAGUUAUGGGAUCGUCACCUGGGAGGUGAUGUCAUACGGAGAGAGGCCUUACUGGGACAUGAGCAACCAAGAUGUGAUAAAUGCCAUCGAGCAGGACUUCAGGCUGCCAGCUCCCAUGGACUGCCCGGUCGUGCUGCACCAGCUGAUGCUGGACUGUUGGCAGAAAGACAGGAAUGCACGACCAAAGUUCCCAGAUAUUGUCAGCAUGCUGGACAAAAUGAUACGCAACCCUGCAUCUCUGAAAGCCGGCACCAACAACAUCGCCCCCGGUCCUUCCCAUCACCCCUUGUUAGACCGUGGAGGUCCAGACCUGAGCAGGUUGAGCUCUGUGGAAGACUGGCUGGAUGCGCUGAAGAUGACCCAGUACCGAGACUCCUUCCUGGGCUCGGGUUUCACUUCUUUGCCACUUGUCACACAAAUCACAGCCGAAGAUCUCCAGAGGAUCGGAGUGUCUUUAGCUGGACACCAGAAGAAAAUCCUGACCAGUGUUCAAUCGAUGAGGCACAACAUCGAUGACCAGUCUCCAACUGAAUCUGUGUAACCGCACAGGGGAGUGACACAGUAUUAAAUAUUUGUCAGUGUACAGUCUGAACGAGCAGGCUGUCAUCUUUACACUUCUGUUUUAUCCUCAUACGCUUCAGUUUGCCGCUUUUGGAAAUCUAAACCACUUUACAUGUUGUUAACAAUCACUGUGGCCAUUUGUGCGUCUGUGUGGCCUCAGGAGUCACCACGUUCCUCCUUCAGUCAUUGGACAGACUUAUUUUACUCCAUUUAGCAAAUUGAUUUAAACUAAAUGCCUCUUGGAGGGAAUUCAGUGUAGAGAUAGUGCAAGAGGAAAAACAAGGCAAACUUGAUUUGUGACUGCAAAACAAGAGAAAAAAAAGUGUCUGGACUUCUUUUCUGUCUGACGAGUACAAUCACAAACCCCGGGUCCCUCUCCCCUGCAAGAUAACUUCCAUUAUUGAAAUCCACAAACCAGUUUUUACCAGCUUGACUGUUUGAGUCAAGGACGACAUGGCCGGGUUUUUAUGUAAAGAUAAAUCACACCAACUUGCUACUGUGAAGAGGAAACUGCCUGAACAGACAUUUAUAUGAAGGGACAUGAACUGGACUAAAAAGCCUAACAAGAAGUCUUUAAAACAGUGUUUCUGGAGACCCGCCGCAGGCUUUGUUAUCUCCAGUAUUAUUGAGAAUAUUUCAGCGUGUUGGUGAAAAUUGCUACAAUUUGAAUCGAGACAAGCGCCAACAGUUAAAUGGGACUUUGUGAAUCCAUCUUCAUAUUGAAGAGUCUGUACAUAAUAUGAUAUGGGAUGUUUAUUUCCUAUUUGCGCUCACGUUUGCCAACAGCAUCGAACAAUUAAUUGUCACUGGAGUAUUUUGUGAGCUCUCUAUGAUUAUCUUCCUCUGCCUGACUCAUCACUGGAACAAACUUUUAAGUGCUGUGGA